UCAGUGCGAGUCCGCCGUUAACAGAGCGCGGAGCUCCGCACAGGCAACAGGAGGCACUGAGACACCCGGCUAAACAUCCGCGAACUGAACCAUACACCCGUGACAGAAUCGCUCGUGCCAUUACCUGUGCUUGACGCUGGAGUUGGACCAUAGAGGUGCUUGUUGUACCUGGUCACCCUGACGCUGGAAAGGAUGGAGACGCAGAGCUUGGAGGGAUUUAAUUAGAGCUUCUAUGAGGGGCUUCUUUCAAGGUAACUAAGAGAAAACAGUAUUUUUGGAGACAAAAUGAGGAAUACAAGUUGUUUCCAUCCUGGAAGGGGCACAAAGUCGCCGCCACACUGAAGAGCUCUAAGUGCACUUUGCAGGGGCGUGCUUUUAAUUGAAAUCGAUUCCGCGGUUUUCUUCUUCCUCCUUCCGAUUUUGUGCACCUACAAAAUGACUUCACUAUCGGGGUCCAAGGAGAGAUCCGUGGCUGGUCGGGGCAGAAAGUACACGAUGCCUGACACUUCCCCCACCAAAUCCACAUCCAUUUUACCGGACACGUGGUACCGCAAGGCUUAUGAGGAAACGACACGGUCCAACUCUCGUCCUGCACCUGAGGGUGCUGGCUCCAUGCCCAGCUCUACGGGCACCCCUUCUCCUGGCUCGGGGAUCUCCUCACCAGGAUCCCUCUCUGGAUCACCAGGGACCAUCUCUCCAGGGAUUUGCACGGGAUCUCCAGGUUCUCUUGGCGGUUCUCCGGGUUUUGGGACUGGCUCCCCGGCCUCAGGCAGUGGAAGUUCUCCUGGGAGUGAAAGAGGGAUUUGGUGUGAGAACUGCAACACAAGGCUGACAGAGCUGAAAAGACAAGCUUUAAAAUUGCUUAUCCCGGGACCUUACUCCAGUAAGGAUCCAUCCUUUCCCUUGCUUCUCCAUGACAAGCUGCAAGUCCCCAACAGUUCCCGACGGGCGUGGAACGAACGCGAUAGUCGCUGUGACGUAUGCGCCACUCACCUCACUCAGCUCAAGCAGGAAGCUGUCCGCAUGGUGCUCACGCUGGACCAGUGGGAUUUGUCGCCCUCAUCAUCUCCUCCUCCUCUCCUCGGGCGCUACGCAUCCCAGGGAGCUUUAGGAGCGUCGGGCUCCAGGGAAUGGCCAUCCUCAUUUCUCCCCUCCUCGUCAUCCGCAGCGGCCGUUUCGCACCUCACUCGCCCAUCGUCGCCUUCCCCGAAUCCCGGCCAGAUCGCGACACCGAGCCCCAGCCAUGGACCUUGCGCCCCUGGUCAUGGGAGCCCUUCUGCUGCACAAACGGCUUCCUGUCCUCCCUUAAACCAACAAGUGCACAGACUGGGCUCCAAACCCAGCUCACUGGGGCUCGGAGGCGUGAUGGAAAGACGGAACGGGUCGUCCAGUUCUGGAAAAACAGCUUUGACCCAUCAACAAACUGUGAGUGCAGUAAACAGUCCAGGGAAUAGCAGCACAAACAGCAGUAACAACACAGCAGGUCAUCAGCACAUGAGCAGAACUAAUGGAGGAGUUACGCUUUAUCCGUACCAGAUCUCACAGAUGGUGUCUGAGGCAUCCAGGGAAGGUUUGACUGAGGCUGCCCUGAACCGCUACAACACACACUCACCUUCAAAUACAAACUCAACAGCAUACACAAACUCACCCUCUCACACUGCGGCGACCUCCACCACAUCACAGACAACCAGCUCUUCAGCAGCUUCCUUCUUUGCCAGAGCUGCACAAAAACUCAAUUUAACUUCCAAGAAGAAGAAGCUGAAAACCGCCACAACUGUUCCGCUGCCCGUGACAUCAUCUUUGCCGACAUGCGAGAGCCAAUUGUUCCCAACUAAUUUCAGCUCCGCCCUCCUAACUGCCCCGCCCCCGGCGCCGCCGUGCCUUCUGCGUGCAGCCAAUAAGAUCAAAGACACACCUGGUCUAGGAAAGGUAAAAGUGAUGGUGCGUGUGUGCCCGGCGUCACAGUCGGACACGGCCGAGUCCAGUUCCUUCCUUAAAGUGGACCCCAGGAAGAAACAGAUUACCAUCAUGGACCCGUUGGCCAAUCAAACGGCAAACGCCACCUCCCAAAAGAGAGCGGUGGUUAGCCAGGUCCCUCCAAAGAUCUUUACCUUUGAUGCUGCCUUUCCUUCUGACGCAUCACAGGCGGAAGUGUGCGCGGGAACUGUUGCCGAGGUAAUUCAGUCAGUGGUGAAUGGAGCAGAUGGAUGCGUCUUCUGCUUUGGACACUCCAAGCUGGGCAAAUCCUAUACCAUGAUUGGCCGCCAUGACUCCCUGCAGACGCUGGGUAUCAUCCCUUGUGCCAUCUCCUGGCUUUUUAAGCUCAUCAAUGAGAGGAGAGAGAAAACAGGGGCGCGCUUCUCUGUCCGUGUGUCUGCAGUAGAGGUUUGGGGCAAAGAGGAGAACCUGAAGGAUUUACUCUCUGAGGUGGCCACGAAUAGCUUGCAGGAUGGACAGUCACCUGGAGUCUACCUGUGUGAAGACCCCAUCUGCGGCAUGCAGCUCCAGAACCAGUCUGAACUGCGCGCACCGACACCAGAAAAGGCAGCCUGGUUCUUAGACGCGGCCAUCGCGGCCCGCCACAGCAGCCAACGUCCCGAAACGACUGAGGAAGAGCAGAGGAACUCCCACAUGCUGUUCACGUUGCACAUUUACCAGUACCGCAUGGAGAAGACAGGCAAGGGAGGAAUGUCGGGAGGUCGCAGUCGCCUCCAUCUGCUGGACCUGGGCAGCUGCGACGACGCUGUCCUCGGGGGCGGAACGGUGGGGAAAAGCAGGGAGAACUCUUCACCCGGCUCGGCGCCACUGUGCCUUUCCCUGUCAGCCCUCGGCAACGUUAUCCUGGCCUUGGUCAACGGGAGCAAACACAUACCGUUCAAGGACAGCAAGCUGACCAUGUUGCUGAGGGAGUCACUAGGCAACAUGAACUGCCGCACUACCAUGAUCGCUCACAUCUCGGCCUUGCCUGGGGAUUUUUCGGAAAGUCUCUCCACCAUCCAGAUAGCAUCCCGUGUUCUACGCAUGAAAAAGAAAAAGGCCAAGGUCACAGUGCAGUACACCUCCAGUUCUUCUGGAGGAGAGAGCUCCUGCGAGGAGGGUCGCAUGCGUCGACCCACCCAUCUGCGGCCUUUCCAUCACCGUGGCGACCCAAACUCGGACCUCCCGCUGUUGCGCCUGUCCAGCGACCAGGAUGAGCAGUACUCAAGCAGUGAGCAGUCAUGUGACACAGUCAUCUACGUGGGUCCCAACGGGGCCGCGGUAUCCGAUCGAGAGCUGACAGACAAUGAGGGUCCGCCAGAGUUUGUGCCUAUAAUUCCCGCCCUGCUGCGAGCGAAAACAUCAGAGACGCAACAAAGUCAGGUGGUCCAGAAGCAGGUGCAGCCCGAGCUUGAAAGCCAAGACCAGCAAGGCGGUCUGUGUCAGGCCCAGUCUGCUCAAUCAAUACUAGGACAGCCAUUGGCCCCAGUACCUGAGGAGGGGGCUGAGUGCCUGAAAUGUAACACUUUUGCUGAGCUGCAGGAAAGACUGGACUGCAUUGACGGCAGUGAGGAGGUAGCAAAAUUUCCCUUUGAAGAAGUUCCAGUCUGUAAACAAGGACCCAAAGAUACAUGUUUCCAUUCUGAGAAGUCAUUUGCGGCUGCUGAGGCUGCCUCGGCUGCAGGAUUAGAUACAGAGACCAAAACAGGAGGUGCAGAAACCUCUAGGAGGAAGACCAAUGAUGAGCAGUUGCAGGAUAUUAAGGAGGUUGUGGAGGAGGCAGAGCUGGCUCAGACCAUGAUCCACAGUCUGGCUCAAAGUUCUGGGACUGCUCUCGUGUCUGGGAUUAGAAAUGUGACGGGAAGCAACUCCUCAAACCCUCUUCAUAGGGCCAAGGUUUCACACCAGCCUGACAGUCGUGAGGGUCUGACGACUGAGUCCAAGACACGGCCACUCGGUUCUCCUCGCCUAGGCAUCGCCAGCCUCACAAAAACUUCAGACUACAGGCCUCCUUCCUCACCGUCUCAACGUUGUAAAGUCUACACACAAAAGGGAGUGAUACCAGCAACAUCCCCGCUGUCUUCACACACUUUGGCUCAGGAUGGACAAGCAACAGAAGCUUUAACCUCUGACAGCAGCCUGGCUGCAGACAGUGGUCGUUCAUCCACUGAGUGUCCACUGUCCAGAACAUCUCCUGUUGGAAUGAGUCCACAAGUCAAAGAUCCAACUCCAUCUAUUUCUGCAAGCCUGGGUUCAGCAGAAACACUCUGUGACGAUGACGUCCCACCAAUACCUUUUGAUACGCACAGAGAAGGACUAGCUGGACAUCGUUUAAUGUGUGAAGAUUUACUAAUAUACAUGGGGGCUUCUGGAGAAGAAGAGGCGCUUGAUGACACAGCUUUCAUGAUGACGCAGCGCCUAACCUGUCGCCCGCCGAGCAUCAUCAGCUUCAAUAGCGACUGUUGUUCUGUGGAAACCCAUGCCAGUGGACUUCGUACAAGCCCCGUUGAGGAUCAUGUGAUUGCAACCAGCUCUGGAGUUAAGGAGGUUGUUGCCAUGGCAGAGGUGGCAAUGGCCAAGCUGCGCCUAGAAGGGGAUAAGAUAGCCACAGAGACUUCCCCAGUGUCUUCCUGGAUGAGUGAUCUGAGUGGAUGCAGUGAGGGUGAUCACUCGCUUCAUAGUUUCAACCAGUCCCAAAGUCAGCAAGGGGAAGCCCUGGCUGAACCCAACCAAAUUUCCUUGGGACUGGAUCGAUCAGGGGAUAACGGAAGCAGUGGCUGCUUCAGAAAAGCAAAUCUGGAGGAAGAGCUGUCUGAAUCCAGAGGGGAGAAGGGAACACCAACCAAGGACAGGUUGAGAAAACUGCCACCAUCGAUGGCUAAAACGACAAUCCAGUCUUUGCCAGCACUUGGGAACCUAUGUACCUUAAAGAGCACAAACAGUGCUUACCCUUGUGUAGCUAUCAAAGAGAUGGCCAUACCUGCGAUCUGCUCCUCACCAACAAAAUACAACUCACAACAGUUAGCCUCCAUUUCCAGUGAGAUGAUCUUCGAGGACCCCUGGUUGAUCCGCGGUAUGGAGGAUGGGAGGCCCACUGAGGACAUCGGGCCAGUAAAUAGGGAUGAAGAGCAUUCAAAUAGCCAAGCAGGACAGAACAUUGAAGCAGCUGGCAAUGGGAAUCUCAAGAAUCUCUGCAGGGAUGGAGCUGAAGAUCAUGGUAGCUCUAGUUCAGGCGGAGAGGUGGUGUCAUCUCCAGACUCAUUCAAAAGAGUGGUGGAUGGUUGUGAGAUGGUUGCUGGUGUUGCCCAAGGAGAAAGCUUGGCUGAUAACUACAACCCAGAAAUCCAUCGAACUUGUAGUCUACCCCGUGCCUGGAGUCGCGUGAACCGCCACGACGGACUGGAUAACACAACAGAGUGCAAGAAUAUCAGUGCCACAUCUUCAACCCCUUGCAGUCCCCGUGCCACACUUGACCGCCGAGGGCUGAUUGGAAAACAAGGCUUUUCUUCCCACAAGAAGGGAGGGAUCCCACCGUUGCCACCUGUACGUAAAUCUAGCCUUGAUCUGCGUAACAGGGCAGCCAGUCCAUUACAUCAGGCCAUUCAUGAGGUCCCAAUACAGGGCAGCUCUACCGAGGAUCCAUGUGGCAUUAGACAACGUGGCUCCAGUAUAGACAGCAGUAGACUCUUCAGUGUUAAACUGGAGCAGCUAGCGAACAGAACAAACUCUCUAGGCCGUGGCUCACAUCACUAUGACUGCUUUUCUCUGGAAAGGGCUGAGAGCCUAAGGGGCGUUGGAUCCAACGGAGAGGGCACAAUGCCUCGUACCGGCCGAAGCCUCACUCGUGCUGGAAACACUCUUGGAGGUAGUUCUGGUUCAAGCAGCGCCCCACAGUCGCCUGCCAAGUCGAGUGGCCAGUCAAAGAUCUCAGCUGUCAGUAAGCUGCUAAUGACCAGCAGUCCCAAAGCUAGGAGUCUGUCUGCCUCUAGCACCAAGACUCUCAGCUUUUCUACAAAGUCUCUGAGCCAAGCAUCCAGUAGAAGCUCAAGCCUUCCACCAAACGGAAAGGCCACUAUUCAAGGCCCUAUGCAGCAGCAGGGACCCUCUCCUGCAUGCUGUUCUACACAGUCUCUGAGCCGCAGUAGAGGGGGAAGUUUUGGUGCCAAGGUGCCCCUACGGGCAGUCAACGGACGUAUCUCUGAACUUCUCCAAGGAAGUGCUGGUUCACGUUCCAGGAAUCAUGCCCAGGGAGGAUGUGCCGAUCCAACUGAAGACAAAGGGCCUGGAGGAGCAAGUGGAGGGGCACUAAUUGCUGGAGGGGUUGCUGGAGGAGGUUCGGGUGAAGAAAGAGCAGCAACGGUCCAAACUCUUCCUUCACCCUACAGCAAGAUCACUGCUCCCCGGAAACCACAUCGCUGCAGCAGUGGCCACGCCAGCGACAACAGCAGUGUAUUGAGCGGUGAGCUGCCCCCAGCCAUGGGAAAGACGGCCUUGUUCUAUCACAGCGGCGGUAGCAGCGGCUACGAGAGCAUGCUAAGAGACAGUAGCGAGAACACGGGAAGCACUUCUUCAGCUCAAGACUCGAUCAGUGAGCAUAGCUCGACCACCACCACCACCUCCUCCAGACGCAGCUCCAAGAGCAACAAGAAGAGCAGGGGCAACGCUGGACACUUAGGAGGCCUCCAGCGUCGUCGGUUGAUUCCAGCACUGACCUUGGACUCUUCCCUGUCACCUCAUCGUUCCGCAAAGCAGGCCGCCACGUCCUCUUCGUCCUCUUCCUCCAGCCCAGGUGCAUGCUGGGUAGAUGGACCUUUGGGGCCACCCGCUUCUGCAACCCUGCGAGGUCCAGCGACCACAGCGGAGGCCUUCGAGAUCAAGGUAUAUGAAAUCGAUGAUGUGGAGCGCCUGCAGAAGAGGAGAGACAAGGGUGGUACCAAGGGGACGGUGUACGGCAGUGGCAAGCUUCGCCUGCUGGAGCACCGUCAGCAGCGCAUCAGCGAGGUCCGAGCAAAGUACCAGUGUUUGAAGAAAGAGCUGGAACAGACCAAACAGCAUCUGAUGCUAGAGCCUCACACAUGGACCACUGAAUUCGAACUGCAACAGGUGUACGAGGUGGACUCGCUGGAGUAUUUAGAAGCUCUAGAGAUGGUGACGGACAAACUGGAGAACAGAGUCAAUUUCUGCAAAGCUCACCUCAUGAUGAUCACCUGCUUCGACGUAUCGUCCAGACAUCGAUAAGAUGCACUGCGAGCUUGCAGAUCAUCUGUCAAUAUAGAAGAUGACACCUGAUAUUUUAAUAGGAUUUUUGUAAAGGACUGACCCAACGAACCUCAUGUAUUCUCCACUUGUUGGAAAGCAGGACAGCUGAUGGAUGAAUCAAUUAGACAUGUACUGAGAAAUCUAAUCGGCCUGUGGGGAGAACCUGUCUGUUCAUCUGGAACAGCAGAAGAGCUGAACAAGCAUUUUACAAGGAAGCUUUCUAACAACCAAAUGGCAACAAAAGAACCAUACUGACACUUUUUUUUCUCUUAAUAUCCUUUAUACGGAUCUGUAAGAAAUACAAAAUAGGGAGUUGGGCCUACAGCAUGGCCUCUUGUGCAGCUAGUCAAAGUCAGAAAAACAAUGAGAAAAAGUGCCUUUUUAACAUUUUAAAAAUAUCAAGAAGGAGAAUAAUCUCCUUGGCUUUGUCUACGUACAGUACGGUGCUAGUAUAGUAUAGUGAAACACAAAAAAUGUCUUUUGAACCGAGAGAUUUACAACGAUAGAAUUGGUGUCAAUGGUAGCCAGUGAGUUCAUCAAUCCCAGCCAACAACAGAACACAACCAUUUUUAACGUAUUUUGUAUGACGGAAAAUAGUGAUUUAAACUCACUGCCACCAUAAAGCGCUCAGAGUUGGAGUUACUUGUAUCUAUAAUAGUGAUUUUGUUGCUUUGUUAUAGCUUGAACCCUGCUUAGACAGGAUGUUUGCAUAAUCACAUUGGUGAAGAGACUUCAAUUCAGUGAUUUAAGACAAAAACAAACCUAAAAGAGGUUAUUAAAUCUUAAAUCAGGUUAUUUAUAAGAUUAAAAAGGGACCAAAAAUAUGUUAGAUCAUCGUCAGCACAGUGUUAAAACAGGUUAAAAUUGAAUUCUUGACUUUCUACUCAAACAUUCCUACGCAGCACACUGAUGUCGUAUGGAUGUGAUGGCUGGUGAGACAUUUCUUUCCACUCUGCGCAUCCAUCGAUCGACGCUUGUCUGUUAUUUGUAUCCGUGUUGUUCUGCUCUAUUUGUAAAGAAACGCAAUGACUCGUCAAUGUGUGUGUUUUAUAAUAAGUGAAGACAAUGGGACUAUGUAGAGACCUUUAACUUCGACACAUCUUUGCAGUUAGCUCUCACAUCUAUGGUUUGGUUCAGAUGACUUUUUUUUUAAAAUGUCAUGGAUCUGGAGCGCGUCAGCUAAUGAAGCCUUCACACAGAUGUCUUUUCACAAUUAGAGAGCGCUUCAGUGGUACUAAACUGGAAUAAGCCAUCAAAUAACUAUUAUUCAAGGAAAAUAGUGCUUGUGUUUAAUUAAAUUACGCCAUUAGGUAAGUAUUACAUUUCUAUAAUGCUUUUAUCGCUGAGACAAGGUUGAAAAUUUCGUUUAGAAAUAAGAAAAUUUAAUUAAUGACUGAAAAAAAUGCAGUCUAGUUGUGGCUGCCAAUGAACAACAACAACAAAACAAUGGAAAAGGACUAAAUUUAGGAAAAAAAAGAUGACAAGGCAGGGAUCUCUGCCAGGUUCCAUGUCGUUUACAUCGUUUUAUAUCCUAUGGUGCUUGAGAUGUUUAUGCUCUAAAUGUUUGUACAAAUAUAAAUAUAUGAAAGAGUGAGUUUGUGUCAGAAUUAACCUUUAAAAAUAAUCUUUAACAUCACUAUUGCAGCUUUGAUACUUCACAUUCCUCCUCCCUCUCCGAUGCUAUUCGUUCAAUGUAUGCCAAAUUGGAGAUGAUGUUACAUACAGUAGCAGGAAAUAUAUUGUGUGAGGUACGGACCUUUUCAUGGCUGCCUGACUGAGUGGAAGUCAUUUAUCUGCGAAUGCGGAGGCAGAUAGGAGGUAAUCUCCUGGGAACAGAAAAAAAAAACAAGUAUGUUUGAGAAACUGGCCUCGAGAUGUGUUUCGACAGAAAGUGCAACAUCGGAACGUUUGCUGUUUUUUCUCAUAGUGAAUCAAAGUCUAUUUAUUUCAGUUAUUAAUGUGUAUUUAUUUAAGCCUUAAGGUUACUAUGCAUUUAAGAUGGAAAAAAAGAUAACUGUACUGUAUAUACAUGCCAAAAACAUUUAUUAAAUGUACUGUUAAGCCCCAAAAUGAUUAUGUAUACUGCUCAAGUAAAUUUCUAAGUUGAAAGUGACUCAAGAAACAGACAAAAGGGUUUUAAAAAAACCUGCUUUCAUUCUUUCUUUAAACAGUUUGGCUAAAAGAUUGUAAAUGUUACAAAAUAAAUUUUUCAAAACCUGCCGAGGGUAAGUAACUUGGGGUCUAAUGGCAUCUAUUGUACACAUAUCAUUCAUAUACUCCUCUAUUAUUUCAUUCAGCCAUUUUAAAGAAGAAAUGAAAACGUGAAAAAAAAAAAAACUGAAAACAAUUGUAACUGCAAUCUGUAUUAAUAACUUCUAAUGUGUUCAAAAUAGACGUUUUGAGAACCCAUUUUUGAAGUGGUUUCUUGGCCAAAUCUGUAGAUAAAUUUUGAUCAUUUUCAUGUCAAAAAACAAGUUAACAAAUCUCAGUUUAUUCGUACGAGUCUGAUUUUUUUCUUUCAUUUUGUUUGGUAUGUUAGUCGUAAGUGCCAUGUCAUCAUGAGUCGAGCUCGGUGUGAAAAUUCAAAAGUAUGUCAAGUGUGAUAUUCUCUGCAUGAUUCCAGACUGGAACUGUCUUUUGACACAGCAAGUUGGUGGACGAACAAGAUGGCCGAAUGUAAAUAAAGGAAUGUA